GAUGUCCAUGGAUGUUAUAUAUAGAUAUAGAUAUGGUAAAUUAUGUAAAGGUUGACAAUCAUAAGGAUUGUUUUUGCCAGCAGGAUGAUUCUGCAGUCAAGCAGGAGCCGGAUGAGUCUCACAGGAGUCUGGAGAGAUUGGACCAGCACCCCAACAUCAGUGAGGGAGGCGCAGAGAGCCUGGCGGAGAAGGAGCUGCAGGUGGUGCUGAUGAUCAGGCAGCUCUCCGGCCUGCGGGAGGCGCUGCUGGGCGCUCAGUCCGAGCACAAGAACAUGGCCGCCCUCCUCAUGGUCAAGCAGCAACAGCAGAUGGAGCUGGCGCAGCAGCAGCAGGAGCAGAUCACUAGGCAACAGCAACAGCUGAUCCAGCAGCAGCAGAAGAUCAACCUCUUGCAGCAGCACAUCCAGCAGGUGAACAUGCCCUUCGUGAUGAUUCCAGCCUUCCACCACAGCACAGAGUCCCAAAUGGGCCCGCCCCGCCAGCCAAUCGGCUGCAAGCAAGUUUUCACAGUGGAAAAUCCCAGGGCCCUCUCCACUGGUCAGGUCACCCCCGUGAAGUCUAAUGGUACAGUCCGCUCACAGGGGGAAAGCCAGCCGCUGAACCUGACCUCCAAGCUCACAGGGCAGGAGCAGAGGAAGAUGCCCCGCCCCCAAACCCUGGACUCUGCACACAGCCAACCACAGCCUGCACUGCACCUGGGUGUCCAGUCAGAGGGCGGUAUGGUGUCCCGGUCCCUUCAGGAUGCCCAGGGGCUACUGAGGACCCACGGAUUAGGGGGACAAGAGAGAGACCCCACCACACCAGCGGAGGCGUCUGCCAGUGAGGAGCGGACCCACAGAAAGAGGAAAGCAGAGGCAGCCAUGGAGGAUCAUCUCAGCAGCGACACGGAAGUGGGGGCGCCGACGAGCGCAGCUCGACGGAGUUUCUCUGAAAGCUCCGCCCCCUCCUCCGAGCACAUCAAGAGGCCGAUGAACGCGUUCAUGGUGUGGGCCAAAGGGGAGCGGCGGCGAAUCCUGCAGACGUUUCCCAACAUGCACAACUCCAGCAUCAGCAAGAUCCUGGGCAGCCACUGGAAGUCCAUGUCUAACCAGGAGAAGCAGCCCUACUACGAGGAGCAGGCCCGGCUGAGCCGUCAGCACCUGGAGCGUUACCCUGACUACAAGUACAGGCCCCGCCCGAAGCGCACCUGCGCGCUGGAGGGGCGUCGGCCGCGUGCGGUCGAGAGCAACGCCGCCAUGAAGAGCCCUCACCUGGAACAGCGCCACACUCUUUCCCCCAGCCAAUCAGAUCUGAGCCACCGGCAGCGCCGCUCCUCCGGCGACGCCCGGAACCAGACGGCACACCUGACUACGGGAUCGUUCCCAUGGCAACCGGUUCUCGUAGACCACUUCCUGCACCAUGGACCCGAGCCCCCAAAUUCUGGAUCGGUCCACAGGUACCCCGAGGAGGGCAACAGACGAGACCACGGCACAGGGGAGGAGAUGGACAGAGGCAGCAGCGAAUCAGAGUCCAUGAGCCACACAGACUGACCUAGGGGCAGAGGUCAAGGGUCAGAGAGGUUAAAGGUCAGAGCAAGACUGUUGUUCCAGAUCUCAGCAGCAGUGGAUGAACAGUGUCCUGUGUUGCUCUUCAUCUUUUUAAAAUUUGUUCACAUUUUGUUUUCUGUGUGAUGGCAUACUUUUUUUCUUUUUUUUUUUUACUGGAUCCAACAUGAUUAUGUUUUUGUUAGUUAAUUGUUUACUGAGGCCACCCUGCAAAAAAAAAGAAACAAGUUAAGGUUUGUGUUGUUUUAAAAGUGGCUUUGGGAUGUGGCGCACGUGCCUAAAUGAACAGCUGUGUGUUUUCCUCUCAUCAGUGUUCUCUGAGCAAAUAACCCAGCCCUAUGUCUCUCACCGAUGAUGCAUGACUGCAAUACUACUCUACAGAACUCUUAGGAAUUAGCAAAUAAUAAUGGAAAACACUAUUGAAAGAAAAAAAAAAUUCUCCUCAGAUAGCUUUCUGAUCCCUUAAAGAUCACAUCAGAAUCCUGCAGGUUAUGGUAUGCUCCAGCAAUUCCUCUGCGGAUUGUUUCUGUUUAAUCCCCUCUCAGUGGAGAAAAAACAAAAGAACUAAAGCCUUUUUUAAAAGUCAGGACAGGUAUUUUGAAGGUUACAGAAUAAAGGGUAGGUUAUGUGUGCUGACUUAGGUGGAUUGUUCCAAUGCGACAUUCGAGUAGUUCAUCCAUGAAAAUUAAAGAUAAGAGAUAAACAAGUCAAGGUCAGAACGUGUAUUUUCAAAGUUACAGAAUAAAGUAUAGAUUGUGCGCCAAAUAGGUGGAUUAUUUUACUAGAUUUACUUUUUGUAGAUCACGCCUGUUGAAAGCACUGAAAAUGAGAACAUCACUGUGGGCUGUUUUGCAUUACUAACGUUGUAACUUUUGUUUUUUGUUCCGUUUUGUGUUUUUGUGAGAAAUUGUCCUUACUGUGGUGCUGAUUUUGGGAAACGAGUGUAACUGUGCAGGAGAGACUAGCGAUGAACAACUGCCCAUUAAAUCGGCCAACUAUAGGUCAACUGCUGAAAAAACUACAGUUCUCUGUAAAUACUGAUGUACUUUAAUUUGUUUACGGAGCUCUCUGUAUUAUAAGUGUACAUUUUUGGUUUUGAGUUUUUGUUUUUGUUGUUGAAAGGAAUAAAGAUUGUAAUUGAGA